AUGGUUACAUCCCACUAUGUCUGCCUCUUCCCACAAGUUCCCGUGGCUGCAGAAGUGUUUUUGGAACCUACACAGGGCAGUGUGACCUUUGAAGACGUGGCUGUGUACUUCUCCUGGGAUGAGUGGGAUCUCCUUGAUGAGGCUCAGAGACACCUAUACCUUGAUGUGAUGCUGGAGAACUUUGCACUUACAUCCUCACCAGGUGGUUGGUUUGGAGUGGAGCAUGCAGAGGCACCUUCUGAACAGAGCAUUUCUGUAGGAGUGUCACAGGUCAGGACUUUGAAAGAAGGUUCAUCUUACCAGAAUGUCUACCCCUGUGAAGUAUGUGGCCUGGUCUUAAAAGACAUUUUACACUUGGCUGAGCACCAGGGAUCACAUCACAGGCAAAAUCCAUACACAUGUGCAAAACAAUUCUACUUCACAGCAGACCUUCAACAGCACCAGAGGCAGCACAUUAAAGAGUUACCCUUCAGAAGUUAUAUGGACAGAGCCUCAUUUAUAAAGAGCUGCACAGUCCAUGUGUCAGAGAAGCCCUUUACCUGCAGAGAAGUUGGGAAUGUCUUUCUGGCCAGCAUAGGAUUUCCCCACCAACAGGCCAUUCAUGCUGGGGAGAAGCCAAAUAACAGUAACAAAUGUAGGGUGGCAUUUCACAGUGGAAAAAGUCAUCACAUCUGGGGAGAAUGCAAGAAAGCCUUCAGCCACACAGACACGCUUGUUCAGGACCAGAGAGUCCUCACUAGAGAAGGGUUUUUUGAGUGCAGCAAAUGUGGGAAAGCCUGCACACGAAGAUGUAAUCUCAUUCAGCACCAGAAAGUCCACAGUGAAGAAAGGCCUUAUGAAUGCAAUGAAUGUGGAAAACUUUUUACCUACUACUCCAGCUUCAUUAUACAUCAGAGAGUUCACACUGGAGAAAGGCCUUACAAGUGCAGUGAAUGUGGGAAAUCUUUUAGUCAGAUCUACAGCCUCAAUAGCCAUAGGAAGGUUCACACUGGAGAAAGACCUUAUGAGUGUGUGGAAUGCAGGAAAUCCUUUAGCCAAAGGUCUAACCUUAUUCAGCAUCGAAGAGUUCACACUGGAGAAAGACCUUAUGAGUGCAGUGAAUGUGGGAAGUCUUUCAGCCAAAACUUUAGCCUCAUUUACCACCAGAGAGUUCACACUGGAGAAAGGCCUCAUGAGUGCAGUGAAUGUGGGAAGUCCUUUAGCCGAAGCUCCAGUCUCAUUCACCACCGGAGACUUCACACUGGAGAAAGGCCAUAUGAGUGCAGUAAAUGUGGGAAAUCUUUUAAGCAAAGCUCCAGCUUCAGUUCACAUCGGAAAGUCCACACAGGAGAAAGGCCUUAUGUGUGUGGGGAAUGUGGGAAAUCCUUUAGCCAUAGCUCUAACCUUAAGAACCACCAGAGAGUUCACACUGGAGAAAGGCCUAUUGAGUGCAGUGAAUGUGGGAAAUCUUUUAGCUGCAAAUCUAACCUCAUUAAACACCUGAGGGUUCACACUGGAGAAAAGCCUUAUGAGUGCAGCGAAUGUGGGAAAUCUUUUAGCCAGAGUUCCAGCCUUAUUCAACACCGGAGAAUUCACACUGGAAAAAGGCCUUAUCAGUGCAGUGAAUGUGGGAAAUCCUUUGGCUGUAAAUCUGUCUUUAUUCAACACCAGAGAGUUCACACUGGAGAAAAGCCUUAGCUGUACAGAGAAUAUGCAAUUUCCUUUUAGUGUAAUAACACUGGAGGAGAACACCUUUGAGAGUCAUCUACCUGAAUUAAAGUCUCAACGUUGGAAGAUUUGAGGAGCUGUGUUACACUUUCUUACCUGCCCAGAGCCCUUACAAGUUAUGCCACUGAUGGUUUCUGAGGCAGAAGCCAUUUCACCUCUACCACCUGCCCUAUCCACACAGUGUGCAUCAGUCACCACCCCAGCAUGUUCAGGGAAACUGACCUUUGUGCUUUCCAUUUGCUGGAGGAAAUCAUGAGUAGUCUGACCCUUAGGGGGUUCUCAUUCCCUUGUCUCUCACAAGUUAGGGCAUGGACUUGACCUGAUACAACCUGAAACAAAUAAACAAGAAACAAGUUUUGUUGGCAGUUUGCUGAGAAAAGCUAUCUUUUUCAGGAACAUGUUGGUCCCCUGACACUGGAUUUUUUCCAGCCUACAAGUCACCAACCUGGGAACUGCCUGCCUUACAUAGUUUUGGUUUUUGUAAUAAUAAAGUCUUUAUUAUUUAAGCUA